GAGCCCGCUGGGGCGAGCCGAGCCGCGGCGGCGCCGGGAGCCAGGCGGCGGAGCUGUGAGGAAGCGAGCGGCGGCGCGGGAGCAGCGGCGACGGACAGGUGGCGAGCCCUCGCCCGCGCCGCCUGGGGCUGCUGGGCCACCCACGGAUCCUCGCGGUCCAGACGUGGCGGGGGUGGCGGCAGCAUCCCGUACGGCCUGUGAGGGAUGCGCCGCCCACUGCCCCGCGCCGCCUGACCGCCCCCGCCUCGGCUCGCGGUGCGCCACAGCCUGGCCCGCGGCCGUCCCCGCCGCGUUGUCGCCCGGUCGCCGCGUCCGCGGGGCCGUACCCGGCCCGGCCCGGCCAUGUGGACCCCCACGGAGGAGGAGAAAUACGGCGUAGUGAUAUGCAGCUUUCGAGGAUCUGUCCCUCAAGGGUUGGUCUUAGAAAUAGGAGAAACAGUCCAGAUUCUUGAAAAAUGUGAAGGUUGGUACAGAGGAGUUUCAACAAAGAAGCCAAACGUGAAGGGGAUCUUCCCUGCAAAUUACAUUCACUUGAAAAAGGCAAUUGUCAGUAAUAGGGGGCAGUAUGAAACUGUGGUUCCACUUGAAGAUUCCAUUGUGACUGAGGUUACAGCAACUCUACAAGAAUGGGCAAGUUUGUGGAAACAGUUAUAUGUGAAACACAAAGUAGAUCUUUUCUACAAACUACGCCAUGUGAUGAAUGAACUUAUUGACCUGCGAAGGCAGCUACUGUCUGGUCACCUGACCCAGGAUCAGGUGCGGGAGGUUAAGCGGCAUAUCACCGUGCGCCUGGACUGGGGUAAUGAACAUUUGGGCCUGGACCUGGUACCUCGGAAGGACUUUGAAGUAGUGGACUCGGACCAGAUUAGUGUCUCAGAUCUCUAUAAGAUGCAUUUAUCUAGCCGGCAGAGUGUACAGCAAAGCACAUCCCAGGUAGAUACAAUGCGCCCACGUCAUGGGGAAACCUGUCGGAUGCCAGUGCCACAUCACUUCUUCCUCAGCCUGAAGAGUUUCACUUACAAUACUAUUGGGGAAGAUACUGAUGUCUUCUUUUCCUUAUAUGACAUGAGGGAAGGCAAGCAGAUCAGUGAACGGUUUCUGGUAAGACUGAACAAGAAUGGUGGGCCAAGGAACCCAGAGAAGAUAGAACGAAUGUGUGCCCUUUUUACAGAUCUGAGCAGCAAAGAUAUGAAGAGAGAUUUGUAUAUUGUUGCCCAUGUGAUCCGAAUAGGCCGGAUGCUCCUGAAUGACUCAAAGAAAGGUCCUCCUCACCUGCACUACAGGCGACCAUAUGGCUGUGCAGUCUUAAGCAUCUUGGAUGUCCUACAGUCACUCACAGAAGUAAAGGAAGAAAAGGAUUUUGUUCUUAAGGUUUACACGUGCAACAAUGAGAGUGAGUGGUCCCAGAUCCACGAGAACAUCAUCCGAAAGUCCAGUGCCAAGUACUCUGCCCCCAGCGCCAGCCAUGGUCUUAUCAUAUCUCUGCAGCUUCUUCGUGGAGACAUGGAACAGAUUCGGAGAGAAAAUCCCAUGAUAUUUAAUAGGGGAUUGGCAAUUACAAGAAAAUUGGGAUUUCCUGAUGUUAUUAUGCCAGGUGAUAUCCGCAAUGACCUGUACCUAACCCUGGAGAAGGGAGAUUUCGAGAGAGGAGGAAAGAGUGUACAAAAGAAUAUUGAAGUGACCAUGUAUGUGCUUUAUGCAGAUGGAGAAAUCUUGAAGGAUUGCAUCAGCUUAGGUUCAGGAGAGCCAAAUAGGAGUUCCUACCACUCCUUUGUCCUCUACCACAGUAAUAGUCCUCGCUGGGGAGAAAUUAUCAAAUUGCCCAUCCCCAUUGACCGGUUCCGGGGCUCCCACCUGCGCUUCGAGUUCAGACAUUGUUCUACAAAGGACAAAGGAGAAAAGAAACUCUUUGGCUUUGCCUUCUCACCCCUGAUGCGUGACGAUGGCACCACUCUCUCAGAUGAUAUUCACGAGCUUUAUGUGUACAAGUGUGAUGAGAAUAGCACAUUUAAUAACCAUGCUCUGUACCUCGGCCUGCCCUGCUGCAAAGAGGACUACAAUGGCUGUCCUAAUAUCCCUUCUAGCCUCAUCUUUCAGCGCAGCACCAAAGAAUCUUUCUUCAUCUCCACUCAGCUCUCCUCUACCAAACUCACGCAGAAUGUGGACCUCCUAGCUCUGCUGAAGUGGAAGGCCUUCCCAGACCGGAUCAUGGAUGUACUAGGGCGGCUACGGCACGUCAGUGGGGAGGAAAUUGUUAAGUUUCUGCAGGACAUCUUAGAUACACUCUUUGUGAUUUUGGAUGAUAAUACAGAGAAAUACGGCCUGUUGGUUUUUCAGUCACUGGUGUUCAUCAUCAACCUGCUCCGAGACAUCAAGUAUUUUCACUUUCGACCUGUGAUGGACACAUAUAUCCAGAAGCACUUUGCUGGAGCUCUAGCAUACAAGGAGCUCAUCCGCUGUUUGAAGUGGUAUAUGGACUGUUCAGCAGAACUGAUUCGGCAGGACCACAUUCAAGAAGCUAUGCGGGCCUUGGAGUACCUUUUCAAGUUCAUUGUACAGUCACGAAUCCUGUACUCACGAGCUACUUGUGGAAUGGAAGAGGAACAAUUCAGAUCCAGUAUCCAAGAACUUUUCCAGUCCAUCCGGUUUGUGCUAAGUCUGGACAGCAGAAACUCAGAAACACUCCUUUUUACUCAGGCAGCACUCCUCAAUUCUUUCCCAACCAUCUUUGACGAGCUGCUUCAAAUGUUCACCGUGCAAGAGGUAGCAGAGUUUGUGAGAGGGACACUGGGGAGUAUGCCCAGCACUGUGCACAUUGGGCAAUCAAUGGACGUGGUCAAACUUCAGUCCAUUGCCAGGACAGUGGACAGCCGCCUGUUUUCUUUCUCAGAAUCCCGCCGCAUCCUGCUUCCUGUGGUUCUCCAUCAUAUCCACCUUCACCUGAGGCAGCAGAAAGAGCUGCUUAUUUGCUCAGGGAUUCUCGGCAGCAUCUUCUCCAUCGUCAAGACCAGCUCUCUGGAGGCAGAUGUCAUGGAGGAAGUAGAGAUGAUGGUGGAGAGCCUCCUGGACGUGCUCUUGCAGACUCUGCUCACCAUCAUGAGCAAAUCGCACGCUCAGGAGGCGGUAAGAGGGCAGCGGUGCCCGCAGUGCACAGCCGAGAUCACUGGUGAGUAUGUGUCCUGCCUUCUCUCACUGCUCCGCCAGAUGUGUGACACGCAUUUCCAGCACCUCCUGGACAACUUCCAGAGCAAAGAUGAACUCAAGGAAUUUCUGCUGAAGAUUUUUUGUGUGUUCCGGAACCUGAUGAAGAUGAGUGUCUUCCCUCGGGACUGGAUGGUAAUGAGACUGCUCACAAGCAAUAUUAUAGUCACUACUGUCCAGUACCUGUCCUCUGCACUGCACAAGAAUUUCACAGAGACUGACUUUGACUUUAAGGUGUGGAAUUCUUAUUUUAGCCUGGCAGUUCUAUUCAUAAAUCAGCCAAGCCUUCAGCUAGAAAUUAUCACCUCAGCCAAAAGGAAGAAGAUUCUAGAUAAGUAUGGGGACAUGCGUGUAAUGAUGGCCUAUGAACUGUUCAGCAUGUGGCAAAAUUUGGGUGAACAUAAGAUCCACUUUAUUCCGGGAAUGAUUGGUCCUUUUCUGGGUGUGACACUUGUCCCACAGCCAGAAGUACGGAAUAUCAUGAUUCCCAUCUUUCAUGAUAUGAUGGACUGGGAGCAGAGAAAAAAUGGCAACUUCAAACAGGUGGAGGCCGAGUUGAUUGACAAGCUGGACAGCAUGGUGUCAGAAGGGAAAGGUGACGAGAGCUACAGGGAGCUCUUCAGCCUACUAACCCAGCUGUUUGGGCCCUACCCCAGCCUGCUGGAGAAGGUUGAACAAGAAACAUGGCGCGAAACCGGCAUUUCCUUUGUGACCUCAGUCACCCGCCUCAUGGAACGUCUUCUUGACUACAGGGACUGCAUGAAAGGAGAGGAAACAGAGAAUAAGAAGAUUGGCUGCACUGUUAACCUGAUGAAUUUUUACAAAUCUGAGAUUAACAAGGAAGAAAUGUAUAUCCGCUACAUCCAUAAGCUUUGUGACAUGCAUUUGCAGGCCGAAAACUACACAGAGGCUGCAUUUACCCUGCUCCUUUACUGUGAGCUGCUGCAGUGGGAGGACCGGCCACUGCGGGAAUUCCUCCACUACCCAUCUCAGACAGAGUGGCAGCGGAAGGAGGGACUGUGCCGGAAGAUCAUUCACUACUUCAACAAAGGCAAGAGCUGGGAGUUUGGGAUCCCACUGUGCAGGGAGCUGGCAUGUCAGUACGAGACCCUCUAUGAUUACCAAAGCCUCAGCUGGAUUCGGAAAAUGGAGGCCAGCUACUAUGACAACAUUAUGGAGCAGCAACGCCUGGAGCCUGAGUUCUUUCGGGUCGGCUUCUAUGGAAGGAAGUUUCCUUUCUUUCUUCGGAACAAAGAAUACGUGUGCCGUGGCCAUGACUACGAGAGGCUGGAGGCCUUCCAGCAGAGGAUGCUCAGCGAGUUCCCGCAGGCUGUCGCUAUGCAGCACCCAAACCAUCCUGAUGACGCCAUCCUACAGUGCGAUGCCCAGUACUUGCAGAUCUAUGCAGUGACGCCCAUUCCAGAUUAUGUGGAUGUUCUGCAGAUGGAUAGGGUUCCAGAUCGUGUCAAGAGCUUCUAUCGCGUCAACAAUGUGAGGAAGUUCCGGUACGACAGGCCUUUUCACAAAGGCCCCAAGGACAAGGAGAAUGAAUUCAAGAGCCUGUGGAUUGAACGUACCACGCUGACUCUGACCCACAGCUUGCCUGGCAUCUCUCGGUGGUUUGAAGUGGAGAGGAGGGAACUGGUGGAGGUGAGCCCUCUGGAGAAUGCCAUCCAAGUGGUUGAGAAUAAAAACCAGGAGCUACGCUCCCUGAUCAGCCAGUAUCAACACAAGCAGGUGCAUGGCAACAUCAACCUGCUAAGCAUGUGCCUGAAUGGUGUCAUUGACGCAGCUGUCAAUGGAGGCAUUGCACGCUAUCAGGAGGCCUUCUUUGAUAAAGAUUAUAUCAACAAGCACCCGGGAGAUGCGGAGAAGAUCACCCAGCUCAAGGAGCUUAUGCAGGAGCAGGUUCACAUCCUUGGAGUUGGGCUAGCAGUUCAUGAAAAGUUUGUGCACCCAGAAAUGCGGCCUCUGCAUAAGAAGCUAAUUGAUCAGUUCCAGAUGAUGCGGGCUAGCCUCUACCAUGAGUUUCCAGGUUUGGAUAAGCUAAGUCCUGCAUGUUCAGGCACCAGCACCCCACGGGGAAAUGUCCUGGCGUCCCAUGGCCCCAUGAGUCCGGAGAGCAUCAAGAUGACCCACCGGCACAGCCCCAUGAACUUGAUGGGCACAGGCCGGCAUUCAUCAUCCUCUCUCUCCUCACAUGCGUCUAGUGAAGCAGGAAACAUGGUGAUGCUGGGCGAUGGCUCCAUGGGCGAUGCUCCGGAGGACCUGUACCACCACAUGCAGCUUGCGUAUCCCAACCCCAGGUACCAGGGCUCAAUCACCAACGUCUCUGUUCUGUCCUCGUCCCAGGCAAGCCCUUCUUCCUCCAGCCUGAGUUCCACUCACUCAGCACCAUCCCAGAUGAUUACCUCUGCCCCUUCCAGUGCCCGAGGCUCUCCCUCUCUGCCAGAUAAGUACCGCCAUGCCCGUGAAAUGAUGUUGUUGCUGCCCACAUACCGGGACCGCCCAAGCAGUGCCAUGUAUCCAGCAGCCAUCCUGGAGAAUGGACAGCCACCAAAUUUCCAGCGAGCCCUAUUCCAGCAAGUGGUUGGAGCCUGCAAACCCUGCAGUGAUCCCAAUCUGUCUGUGGCUGAAAAAGGUCAUUACUCCCUACACUUUGACGCCUUCCACCACCCUCUGGGUGAUACCCCCCCAGCCCUCCCUGCCCGGACCCUGCGCAAGUCUCCUCUCCACCCUAUCCCAGCCUCCCCCACAAGCCCCCAGUCAGGCCUGGAUGGCAGCAACUCUACGCUGUCCGGCAGUGCCAGCAGCGGCGUGUCCUCCUUGAGUGAGAGUAACUUUGGGCACUCCUCGGAGGCCCCACCUCGCACUGACACCAUGGACUCCAUGCCAAGCCAGGCCUGGAAUGCUGAUGAAGAUCUUGAGCCACCCUACCUCCCUGUCCACUACAGCCUCUCUGAGUCUGCCGUCCUGGACUCCAUCAAGGCCCAGCCAUGCCGAAGCCACUCAGCCCCGGGGUGCGUCAUCCCUCAGGACCCCAUGGACCCGCCUGCGCUGCCACCCAAGCCCUACCACCCCCGCCUGCCAGCCCUGGAGCACGAUGAGGGGGUGCUGCUGCGGGAAGAGACUGAGAGGCCGAGAGGCCUGCACCGCAAGGCUUCAUUGCCUCCUGGGAGCACUAAGGAGGAGCAGGCCCGCAUGGCCUGGGAGCACGGCCGAGGGGAGCAGUGAGGGGCAAGGAGGCAGCUGGGAUGCCACCCUCAGUAAGCAGCUUGCCAACCACUCCAGGUCUGAAAAGCAAGUCCCCUAGCCCCACCCCAGGGAGCCAGAGAGGCUUGGCACUCAGGAGAGAACCGCCCCCAAGUCUCCGUUCUACUGCCGUGAACUCAUGUGUUGCCAUGUAGAGGCCACAGCAGCAUGAAGGGUUGUGGCUUCCCUUUUUAUUUCAUUUUUUUUUACAUUUCCAUUUCUAUGGGUUUUCCUUUCUUUCCUUUAUGCAGUAGAUGCUUUCUUCCUCCUGCAGUUCUGGACCAUGUGGAGCUAUAUGGAGAAAUUGCACAGACAGCAUCACUUUGCCGCACUGCAGGGCCCUGGAGCAGAAGCCCAGGCCCUCCCUCCAGGGUAGAGAUGCACAGAAUGGAAAUUGCACUAAGGAUUUCUUCCUUUGCUGUAUGGACAGAAGAGUUCAUGGUUGCAUUCAGGGAUUGCAAGGACCAUGUAGAUAUAUCACAGAUGGAAAAAGGGGCCACAGCUGUUUUGCACAAAUGCCUGCCCACCUGUCCCUCUUCCAUCCAGGAGUGUGCUAUUGAGGGGCUGGCUGGACCAACCUGCUGGCUCAGGCAUGUGACUGGCCUAACUGCAUGCCUAGAGCACUGCCAGGCUUCAAUGGGCCAGCCGUCUCCUACUCCACCUUGGAUUUUUCUCUCCAUCACAUUAUUUCUGACCAUUUGCUCCCUUCCAUUCUUGAAACACCUCAUGCCCCACAGGAGCCCCAGUGGUGACUGGAUCUGCAAGGGUUAUCUCCCACACACUGGGGUUUGAGUGGAGGUGUGGAGCUAGAGGGGCUGUCCCAGCUACCUUCCUCCUAGGGGUAGCUGGUCCCCUUCCUGUGUGAUAGAGAGACUUGUAAAAGUGAGUCUGGGGUGUGGCAGGCACCGGAAAUCCUCAAAGCUUUCAGAAGCGUCCAGAAUGCCUACCAUCAGCUCCUGAAUCAGGGAUUUUCAGCACUACCUCGGAGCCAUGGGGUUGGCUCCCCAGCCAGGCUUCCAGGCCCUGAGGACAUGUGGUCAGGUUCAGCAGGCUUCUGGGUAAAGAAGGUGGGAGGGGGCUUCUCCUUUGGAAGCAGAUAGCCAUGCAGGUAAAACUGUCAUCUCUCAAGUGGCCACAUACAGCAACCCGCUCCAGGCCCGUGGGUACCACCACUCAGGGUUCGGGAAUGGCAGGAGAGCAGUUUCUCCAGUCUGCCCAGUCUGUUGGUGUCUUUAUAGGAAACUAUAAAGCAGAGCAGUGGUGUCUUUAGAGGAAACUCAUUCAAGUCAGGGCACCGAUUUUCCUCUCAGUUUAUUAUUUGGGGGGAUAGGGUCAGGUGGGUAUAGUAGUACUUUACUAGGGUGCUUUUAAGUUACUUUAAAAAAAAAAAAGCCUACAAAAUAUUUUUUUUUUAUUUGCUUGAGUUCACAUUAAUGAUGGUCACUAGGCUGCCUUGUUGAGCAGGCAUGUUGCCCCGUUCCUCUUCUGCUGGUCUGUGUGACCUCCACGGCCAGGCCCUCGGCCCGAGCCCCUCGGCCCUUCUCCAAUGUCAAUCUUUCCAGACAGUGAAGGCCAUAGUCAGGGUGUUUUUCUCUUGUAAACAAACCCCAACUUGUUUAACAGAAAUGCUACCAACCUACUGAGAAAGAUGGAGGUCUAAAUCACCUCCAGGGUUUUUCUAGGGGUUUAAUCAGUGUGGGUCCCUUCUGAUACCAUGAGGCUCACUCCAGGCAGAGUGGGACAGAAGGCUGCUGAGGAUGUGGGUCAGUCGUCUCUUCUCAGCCUACAUUCAUUUGCAAGCUUCAAUCUCUGGACCAUUUGGUGUCCACAGAAGUGUUAGAGGGUUGGGGUGAGCUUUGGAUUUGAUUCUUAAGAGGGCAUUUUUAGAUUCUAAGGCACUUCUGAACCUAAAUCCCUGGACAAGGCAGUCAUCACAGAAGAACAGCUACCUUCUCCACUUGGUGGCACAAAAGGUAGGGAGGGGAGUAUGGGUUCAUUUCGCUUCGCUUUAUGCAAGGUGUAAUCGUUUGUUUUCCCUCUCCAUUUUACCUAACUGAAUGAAAAGGACACAUUCUGAAAUCCCUUUUGUUGGAAAAUCAGUCAGUCUGAGGGGAAAUGGGAGGCCAGAGAUUGAGAACCCUUUGAAAAGACUGUAAAAUACUGAUUUUCGUUCUUUCAAGCUUAUUUGUAAAUACCUAUUUGAAUGCUGUGUAUUUGUACAGGAAUUUGAGCAAAAAAUGUAUAGAAUGUGAUGUCCAAUUGGUAUUCAGCACUAUAAAUGUGUUUUUAACCUCUCGCAUUCUGUGCUUAUUUAAAACAAGAAAACUUCUAACCAUUUCUUUUGUGUAUUCAUGUUUAAAGAAAAGUAAUUUAAAAAUGAUCUUACCUGUACCAGAAAAGCAAAGUUAAAGGAAAAAAAAAAAUUUGUACCAUUGUCCCAAGAGGUAUUUUACUGUAUAUAUUGUGGUAGCAUGUUCAAAAUCCAACAAGUAAUGUGAAUUUUAGAUGUAAAUAUCUGCCACUUGAUUUUUUCCCCCUUCCCCCACUUACUUGACUGCUGUGAUGUGAAUUAAAGAUGAAUACCUGAUACUGAUCCACUGAAUUCACUGAAUGGGAGCAGAGAAUGUGCCCCUCUCCAACCCUUGUCAACGGGCUCCAAGCCCUUUUUAGCCCCAUAGACAUGUCCUUUUUGCGCUGAGUAGAGCCAGCCCUUCCCGCGUCCUGCCUUCAAGGCAGGCAGCCAGCCAGGAGGGCACUUGAAAGGAGGGCAGUCGAAAAGGAAACAUCCUCCAGUGCUUCUCUGCUGAUCCCCGGGACCCCACUCACGUGCCCCUCUGCAGCGGGAUACCCCGAGGGCCUAGCGGGGAGGCAGGAGGCGGGACAGCCACACGGCCACGCUUCAGAGCUUGUAAGGACGCCAGAGAGGGGAGGUGAGGGGCGACCUCACCUCCCCACUCUGAGGCGACCCCAAAUCCUCCACCGAAAAUCCGGCUCCGGCGCUUCCCUGGGCGGUCUACAGUGACGGCGCAGCCUUGAACUUGGCGCGCCUUGAGCCCUUCCUCCGGAGGUCCGCAGUCCGUCCACCCCGCAACUUGCCUGUCAGCCUAUGCACGGCGGGCUCGGGUCUGGUGGAAGUUCAGCAGGUGGGCUCCCAAAGUUGGGCCUGCUGCCCCCGUGAAUGAAAGAAGAAAAAAAAAAAGAAAAACCUUUGAGCCUUGCCUGCUGCCGCCGGCCCUCCCUGCCUAACCUGUUUUGGCUGACCCCCGAACUCCUGCACCCCGAGUCGGGUCCGGGCGAGGAGAUCCACAGGGUUUUUCGGGCGAGUUUGGGGCCCAGGGCAGGGAGUACGCGGGUCAACUCAGCAGACGUAGGGCGGUGAGUGAACCUCACUUCAGCCAGCGACACUCGGCCUCAACCCGAGUCGCUGCCCUUACCCAAGAUGGCGGACCAUACCGCUUCCGUCGCAGCUGUAGCCGCUUCCUGCGAUGGGCCCGCGUUCAAUCAGCGGCCGACAACUAUCUAGGGCUGAGACAUCACCAGCCAAUGAGGGAGGGCAGCGUGGAGCCGCCCGUCUGGGCUCCGCGGCUCGUGGACCAAUGGGGUAGUGGCGUGUGGGAGGGCACGGAGGCCCACCUGCCAAUGAGGAGCUACGGCGCGCGACCGGGACUUGGAGGCGGUGCGGCGCGGCGGGUGCGGUUCAGUCGAUCAUCGGCGGCGGCGGCGGCGGAGUAGGAUGUGGGCCACGCAGGGGCUGGCGGUGGCGCUGGCUUUGAGCGUGCUGCCGGGCAGCCGGGCGCUGCGGCCGGGCGACUGCGAAGUUUGUAUUUCUUAUCUGGGAAGAUUCUACCAGGACCUCAAAGACAGAGAUGUCACAUUCACACCAGCCACUAUUGAAAACGAACUUAUAAAGUUCUGCCGGGAAGCAAGAGGCAAAGAGAAUCGGUUGUGCUACUAUAUUGGGGCCACAGAUGAUGCAGCCACCAAAAUAAUCAAUGAGGUAUCAAAGCCUCUGGCCCACCACAUCCCUGUGGAGAAGAUCUGUGAGAAGCUUAAGAAGAAGGACAGCCAGAUCUGUGAGCUAAAGUAUGACAAGCAGAUCGACCUGAGCACAGUGGACCUGAAGAAGCUCCGAGUUAAAGAGCUGAAGAAGAUUCUGGAUGACUGGGGGGAAACAUGCAAAGGCUGUGCAGAAAAGUCUGACUACAUCCGGACGAUAAAUGAACUGAUGCCUAAAUAUGCCCCCAAGGCAGCCAGUGCACGGACUGAUUUGUAGUCUGCUCAAUCUCUGUUGCACCUGAGGGGGAAAAAAACAGUUCAACUGUUUGUUUGUUCCCAAAACAGCCUUUUUGUAAUUUAUUUUUUAAGUGGGCUCCUGACAAUACGGGAUCAGAUGUGAAGCCUGGAGCUUUCCUGAUGAUGCUGGCUCUACAGUACCCUAAUGAGGGGCUUCCCUUCCUUCUGUUGCUGGUAUACUCAAGGACUUCAAAGUGUGUCUGGGAUUUUUUUAUUAAAGGAAAAAAAAUUUC